GCGACGAAGGAGCUCCUCCUCGGCAGCCCGGCCUUCCACAGGUUCGCGCAGGAGUCCUCCAAGAGGGCCAAGGCGGCCUUGGACGAGGCCGCCAGAGCAGCGGAGCCCCACAUCACGAGGGCCGAGAAGCUCGGGAGAGAAGCCCUGGGCUCGGAGCCUGCAGAGGGUCCCAGUCUUCAGGUGGAAGGGCGCGGGCCUGAACUGGGGUUACGUGUUCUACAUGCUGAGCCACUGGUUCAUCAUGUUCAACUCGUUCAGGCCCUCAAGGACUUCGAGAAGACAGCAAAUGGGGUCGGGAAGAAGAAGAGGUGA